AUGACCAUAAAAGUUGAACUGAACUAUAUCCAACUAAACUUGAAUAUCUAUUUAGUUGGCUUAAAAGCAUUAAAUCUCUUUAAUCAAGCCAAAUCUUGGCAGAAUAUUUUAAGUUUUUGUCUGUACAAAAUCAUGGAGAAUAGAAUGAAAUGGAGAAGUCACCUAGCAUUUAAUAGUCCGUUAAAUGUGUUGUCGUUCUGGCAAAAUAAAAGCCCAGCUUAG